GCAGAAUUAAAUCUCCGUGUGUGUUUGUGUGUGUCAUUACACAAUCAGACGGAGAGCUGAAGACAUGAUGGUGUUGUUCUCAGCUGAAACAUGGGCUCUUCUCCUCACGUUUGUGGCUCUUCUCAUCAUAUAUGGAUACUGGCCUCUCGGCUUCUUCAAGAAUCGUGGUAUUCCAGGACCGAAGCCCCUCCCGUUCUUUGGAACCAUGCUGGAAUACAGAAAGGGCUUUUUUCAUUUUGAUUUAGAGUGUUUUAAGAAGUAUGGAAAAGUUUGGGGAAUUUAUGAUGCGAGGCAACCUGUUCUUUGUAUUUUGGAUCUGUCCAUCUUCAAAACCAUCCUUGUGAAAGAAUGUUACUCUCUCUUCACCAACAGAAGGAACUUUCGUCUGAACGGUCCGCUGUAUGACGCUGUGUCUAUUGUUGAAGAUGAUGACUGGAGGAGAAUCCGUAGUGUUCUGUCUCCCUCCUUCACCAGCGGAAGAUUGAAAGAGAUGUUUGACAUCAUGAAGACAAACUCAAACACUUUAUAUCAGAAUCUGGGAAAAUCAGCCAAUCGAGGAGAAGCCGUGGACAUUAAAGACUUGUUUGGAGGAUACAGUAUGGAUGUGGUCACCAGUACAGCGUUCAGUGUUGACAUCGACUCUAUCAACAACCCCAAAGAUCCGUUUGUGACCAACAUCAAAAAAAUGCUCAAGUUUGACUUUCUGAACCCACUGUUUCUGUUCGCCGCUUUAUUUCCUUUCAUGGCACCUGUCCUGGAGAAAAUGGAUUUGGCCUUUUUCCCGACAUCGGUGACAGAUUUCUUCUACGCUGCCCUACAGAAGCUCAAGUCUGAGAGAGUGGCCAAUGAUCACAAGAAAAGAGUCGACUUCCUGCAGCUGAUGGUGGAUUCUCAGAAAGGCGGCAAAUCAGAACCUGGUGAACACAGAGAGAAAGGUUUAAGUGAUCAUGAGAUCUUGUCUCAGUCUAUGAUCUUCAUCUUUGCUGGUUAUGAGACAACUAGCAGUACUCUGACGUUCCUCUUCUACAAUCUGGCAACAAAUCCAGACGCCCUGAAGAAACUGCAGAAAGAAAUUGAUGAAACUUUCCCAAAUAAGGUGUCGUUGGAUUACGAGACUUUGAUGAACAUGGAUUAUCUGGACGCAGCUCUGAAUGAAUCUCUCCGGCUGUUUCCUCCAGCUGCUCGUCUGGAGCGUGUCUGUAAGAAGACGGUGGAGAUCAACGGACUCAUCAUUCCUAAAGAUAUGGUUGUUAUGAUCCCAACAUACGUCCUUCACAGAGACCCGGAGCACUGGAGCGAUCCCGACUCCUUCAAACCAGAGAGGUUCACUCAAGAUAACAGAGAGUCCAUCGACCCGUACACGUUCAUGCCCUUUGGUAUGGGACCCAGGAACUGCAUCGGCAUGCGUUUCGCUCAGGUCACAAUGAAACUGGCCGUGGUGGAGAUCUUACAGAGGUUUGAUGUGGGAGUGUGUGAGGAGACACAGGUUCCUCUAGAGCUCGGCGUCAGUGGUCUACUGGCUCCUAAAACGCCCAUCAAACUGAAAUUCACCCCUCGAUCCACUUCACCCUCAUACAAAAACAGCAGCUCAUGAAGAUGAUGAUGAGUGUGCAGAGAAAAUCAAGUCAGUCUAUUAAAAUAAAAGGACGACAGCGCAGGAUCUCAUUGAAUCUUCAGUGAAGAAAAGAUCUCUUUCAGACUCAUCAAGUCAAUGUUUUAAUAUUCAUCCAGCGUGUGAAAACUCCACCUGUUCAGAACGAUAUUCAAGUCUGUGGAUAGCAGAAUAAAGAUGAUCAAAUAAAACAAAAGCA